CUAAUUUAGCGAAAUAUUGGCCUUUGACCUGGAAAAUGUGAAAAAUAGAAAAUUGUAAAUGAUUGUCAUCUUAUAAAGACACAAGUUCUUCAUCAUUGAUGCUAUCUAGUUGUUGCUACUGCUCAUAUAAAUGGCUACCCCACUAAAGCAAUGGGAGAUGAAUGCAAGGACACCGCUCUCUCAGAGUAACAGCUCUAGAUCUGGAGUCAACAGCUCAGUACCCACUUCUACCAGUAGCACGGCCCCUCCCACUCUCCCACCAAGAACAGCAAAUAGUUACUCCUCUACCUACCCACCAUCUUAUGGAUCUGGAUUUGGUGGCGUUGGUGGCUAUGGCACUGGCGUUGGUGGUUAUGGUACUGGAUAUAGUGGCUAUGGUACUGGCGUUGGUGGCUAUGGUACUGGCGUUGGUGGCUAUGGUACUGGAUAUAGUGGACUUGGCUAUCGUCCAUAUGGAGGGAUGUACGGUGGGGGUGGAGGAUUUGGACUCGGUGGAAUGUACGGAGACGAGAGUUCACAGUUCAUGCGACAGGCAGAGGAGACCACCAGAGCUGCAUUCAGCUCAGUGGGGUCAGUAGUUGGAGCCGUUUCCUCGGUGUCCAUGAUGUUGGAGUCAACAUACUUUGCUGUGCACAGCUGCUUCAGGGCUGUUCUCGGUGUAGCACAGCACUUCACCAGAUUGAAGAACCAAGUGUGGGAUAUCCUGGCUGCCAUAGCUGUAUUGAGGCGACUGCAACAAUGGCUGAGGUACCUACUGAGACUGUUUAGGCUACGUCGUCACUCAGAGGGAGAGGACGCUUGGGACGAGGUGUCUCUGGCACAGGAGAGUAGCCUGAGACUGGCACAUGCUGGGCACACAGCACCUGGGGGCAAUGCAAGGGUGUGGCCAGCUGUCAUAUUCUUUGCUAUUGUGUUUGGUGUGCCCUGGUUGCUAUGGAAACUUCUCUCUGCCAUUGCACGUCAUGAGGAGACCACUCAGCAGGAAAACCCACCACAAGAACAGCAAUGGUCCGGAGAUAAUGGUGACCAGCCAUUGGUCGCCAAAGCUCUAUACGACUUCACAGCCUCACGGAGUGAUGAGCUGAGCUUUGCAGCUGGUGAUGAACUAGUACUAGCUCCUAGACAACUGCAGACUGGAGGGGACUGGCUACUGGUAGGAAGGAACAGGAGAUCAGGGAUGGUUCCUAGAACCUAUGUUCAAGUGGUUCGAUCCUCCACCUCAUCACCUGGAACCAACCAGACCUCAGGACAGCAGCUGUUGCAAGACGAACAAAACUUAUCAAAUGACUGAUUAGCCUAUAAUUAUAUAGUUUAAAAUUAUAACCCAUGCAACUUUUUUUUUCUGCGUGUAGUUUAUGGAACUCAAUUUUUGAUUGA